UGCGGACGUACGAGCCGGGCGGCGCCUGCGCAGACUCGGGCAGGGUAUGGUUGCCGCACGGCGAUGGAGCCGGGAAACGGAGCGGACGCUGAAGAGACGCGGAGGCUUCGGUGUCUGGAGUUUGCGUUGGUGGCCAAGUGCGACACCACCGUAGCUCACUCCUACCUGACCGAGAACGACUGGAAUGUGAAUAAAGCACUGAGCGCCUUCUUCGAGCCGGCAGACAAGGACCCCGCGAAGCCGAGACAGCCUACGCCCACUUGCGAGGCGGACCACUGUAUUGACCUAACUAAUGAGGAAAACGUGAAAGACCUUAUCCAUGAAACCGCACCAAUCACAAGUGUAGUAGAUGGUGGCUUGUUCAACUUCAUUACCUGGAAUAUCGAUGGACUGGACGCCAGCAACCUGCAGGAGAGGGCUCAAGCGGUGUGCACUUGCCUCGCUGGGUACAGCCCAGAUGUGGUGUUUCUACAGGAAGUUAUUCCCCUGUAUUGUGUCUACCUGAAGAAGAGAGCGAGUAAUUACAGAAUUAUCACAGGUAAUGAAGAAGGAUAUUUUACAGCUAUAUUGUUGAAGAAAGAAAGAGUGAAAUUCAUAAGCAAAGAGAUUAUUCCUUUUCCAAGCACAAAAAUGAUGAGAAACCUUUUGCGUGUACAUGUGACUAUAUCUGGGAAUGAGUUUUAUCUUAUGACAUCCCAUUUGGAGAGCACCAUAGAGCACGCUGCAGAACGAAUGAAUCAGUUAAAGAUUGUUUUUCAGAAAAUGCAAGAGGCUCCAGAGUCGACUACGGUUGUAUUUGCAGGGGACACAAAUUUAAGGGACCAGGAAGUCACUAAGUGUGGGGGGUUGCCCAGUAACAUCUUCGAUGCCUGGGAGUUUUUAGGCAAGCCCAAGCAUUGCCAAUACACAUGGGACACCCGGAUGAACACUAACCUUGGGAUUCCUGCUGCUCGUAAGCACCGUUUUGAUCGCAUCUAUUUCAGAGCAGAGCAGGGCCGCCUUAUUCCCCAGUCCUUGGACCUGGUUGGCAUGGACAAACUUGAAUGUGGCAAAUUCCCGAGUGAUCACUGGGGGAUUCUGUGCGGCAUGGACGUAGUGCUCUGAGGCACUUCCAUGUGAAUUUCAAGUGUCAUGUCCUGAGUGUUUGCACAUCUCUCUAUGUGGAAAAGUAGUUUACACAGGAAACUGGAUCAUUAAAGAAAAUCGUUACGUUUCAUUUUGAACUUUUGUCCUCAGAAUAAAGUAUUAGAGUUCAUUUAAGUUCACAUGCUCAUGCUCAGAAUGUGAGGACACACAGCUCACCGGCCGGGACAGUGCUCACGGCAGCGAGCCGCACUCCGAGUAGGCCAGACUGGCUCACAGCUAACCCUGAGCACAUUUCCUGCUUGAAUCAGGACCAAAACAAUAUUUUACACGAAUCAUUAAAACAAGUGCUUGGA